AUGGGUUCACUUACCAGCUCAUCUCCUACCACUACUGAUCUUCCAGACAUGAAGCUGCUGUGCGGGUUGCUGCUGAGCGCGUUGCUGGCGCUGUGCUGCAGAGGUGAAGGCAACAACAGACCAUCAGCAUCGUACGGCCCUCCUGGGUUUAAUCCCGGUCAACCCUCAGGUCCUGGCGGUGGAGGCGGCGGCUACGGAGGCGGAAAUGGAGGAGGUGGUGGCUUCGGAGGUGGAAAUGGAGGAGGUGGUGGUUACGGGGGAGGAAAUGGAGGAGGCGGAGGUGACGGCGAAGGAAAGCCUGAGCCUUACAGCUUCUCGUACGAGGUGAACGACCCGCAGAGUGGGACCGACUUCAGUCACCGAGCAGAGAGCGACGGCCAGAGAGUCCAAGGGGAGUACCGCGUGUUGCUGCCCGACGGGAGGCGGCAAGUGGUGUCGUACACCGCGGACGACGCGAGCGGAUACAACGCCGACGUCAAGUACGAGGGAGAGGCUAGCAGUGGAGGUGGAGCCGGGGGCGGUGGAGGCGGCUAUCCCUCCGGAGGUGGAGGCGCAGGUGGAUAUCCUUCAGGACCUGGAGGGAACGGAGGAGGAUAUCCAGCAGGAACGGGUGGUUUGGGAGGAAACGGUGGUGGAGGAGGAAACGGAGGAGGAUUUAACGGAUACCCGAGUGGUGGUCCAGGAGGCGGCACUCCUUCCAGCUCCUACCUGCCCCCCGGGAAGUGAUAUCUCUCGUCUACAAGAGCUACAAUUUUCAUUGCAUAUUACGCUAAGAACACCUCUACGGGAUAUGAGUAGUUUUUAACACAGUCGUCAUUGUGCAUGACUUACAAAUAACACAUAAAGAUGAUUCGGAGGGUUAAGAUAUGAAGUAAAGCGUAAAGAGGUGUUGUAAAGCCACACAAAAUUAAGUGUAAAUCUCAUUCAUUGUGUAUAUUCAUCAAUUAUAAA